CUGAAGAGCAGGACCCCGUCCAACCCACUGCGCCACCGCACCCCCUCCGAGAGGAAGAACAGUUAUCACAAUAUCUUCUUACAUGUAAAAAUAUUAUCGGAACAGCGAGAGCAGGGGUUUGUGUCAAAUAUUUAAAUCCGCAUUACACGAAGUUUGCUCCAAGUGAUGAUGAUGGCAUAAGGACUGAGGUUUGAAGGCCCUGCAAUGGGCAAAUCGUUAGUAAUUCACUUCGUGGCUAAAACGGCAUUUAGUUUCUUGUAUUUUAAGUAAAUUACAUAUAAACAUGGAUUUCUUUACUGAAGUUAAUGGAAAUGCAUGCAAAUUUUGUUUGGAUCUCCAGGCUAAUUAUCAGUAUGUAGGUGCGUCGUGGAGCAAUGUGCUGACUUUUAAGACGGUUCCUAAACUCCAGCCAUGCCGGGUACUUUCUCUUCGAUGGAGAGACGCUGCCACCAAACUUGUUGACAUUACGCGCCGUCGGCGUCGGGUUUUUUUUUUUUUUAAAUUUUUUAAAUGGCAGUUUUAACUAAAAAUUCGAAUUCUGGACUCCACAAAGCUGUGACAGCUACAUCGCAUUUAAAGGCCACCAUUUAAUGGAGCUUCCAGUAGAAUAUACAAAGCAGCUUUUAUGUACGAGUCUAGUGUACAGUGAUGAAUAUGAAUAUGAAUGAGAGGUAAGCGCUGCUACAUGUAUUGAGGUAUGAGCAUUGUAGAUACCAUGCUUAGGCACGUGGGGUCAGUGUGGACUGGCUUCGGGCCCAACCGCUCCGGAUUUCCAUUGGGAAUGACUCUUCUGAUCACUCUGAUCGUGGCGCUGUGGCUCAGAGGUGUUCCGCAUGGCUUUUGUCUUGGUCCAGGUGGAAUGUCCCCGGAAGUCCAAGCCUACUGGUUGCCACUCCAUGCUGUCAGCCAUGAGGAUCUGCCUAGCCUGCUCUAUAGCGCCGCCCUUCUGGUGACACUUGGACAGUGGCAGGAGCGACGCUGGGGUUCCGUGGUAUUCCUUGGCUUGUCUCUCCUCUCGGCUGCCCUGCCAGUGCUGCUCUAUACCUUAGUCCUGUUUGUGAGCGGGACGCGUGCUGGCCGGAUGUGUGGCUACUCAGCUGCCCACUUGGCCAUGUUUACGGCACAGUGCGGUGACACAAAGCGCAAGCGGGUCGUCCACCAGGUACCCGUGCGUUCCCUUCCGAUGGUGCUCCUACUAAUAGACACCUGGCUGCUGCCCAACACACCUGUUCUUCUGCACGUUUGCGGCAUCUGCGUGGGACUUUGUUACAGUCCAGCUUUCAUUGUCCGACUCCAGAACGGCGAGAAGUUUGUGACUCGGGGUGUUUUGCCAUCAUGGGCUUUUGUCGCUGCUACAUCCUGUAGAGAGUGGCUGCCCACCACUGCACACAGACCUCCGAUGUCCCCCGAACGUCCGUCUUCCAACCACCCACCUUACUGGGAGGGUAUCUAUCCCGCACCCUCAUGGCCGUGGCCCUCUCACCUGGGGCCUGACUGUCUGGUGGAAGGGGCCACGGCAGCUUCAGAGACUCAGCUCUUAGACGAGGAGCUGCUCAGGGCAGGGAUACUGGCUUCCCUUGAGGACACGGCCGAGGCACCGAUGGACAAGGUGGAGGUGUCCAAGUCUUCAGUGUCUUCACUGCGUCUGCAGCAGCUCCAGAAGAUGGGGUUUCCCACAGAGAAGGCCGUUGUUGCUCUGGCAGCAACCGGGAAGCUGGAUGGUGCCAUUUCCCUGCUGGUUGACAACUGCAUUGGGGAGGAAACUGUGGUGACGUCCAAAGGGAGUCAGCUGCCAAAGUGUCAAGACACCUGAGGGGACUCUCCACGUCGUCUUGGUUCAUCCAGGCGUGUGCAGUAACAGGACAGAGGAGGGUGCUCUUCUACUUGUAGUGCAUUUUUCUGGGGCUCAUGAUGUUACAUGAGGCUGUGUGGGAGCUUCUGAUGUUCAGUUGUUGUCUUGAGGCGUGUGAAGCAGGAUAAAUAGGUGCUUUCUUAGAGAUUCGCUGCCAGAAAUCCGAACCUUACUGAAAACACCUCAGGUCGCAAAGUUCUGAGUUAAACUUUCUUAAUUCCACUCAAGCUUUUCACACACAGUCCUCCGACUGUUACUACAACCACACACGUGAUUCAGAAAAGCUUCACAAACGUGUCAUUCAGAAAAAAUUCCUCUGCCAGUGAGAAAAAGGUUCAUGGGUGCAAAUAAAAAAUGUAAUGUCUUA